GAACCCGGAAGUCUUACAGGAGAACGUGUACAACAUGGACGAGACGGGUGUAAUGCUGUCGAAGCUGAAUUCUGUGAGGGUCAUCAUGGAUAGAACGAACCGGCACGGCUGCCGAGGCGCACGUGUGAAGCGGACGACCGUGACAGCAGUCGAGUGUAUGAGUGCUGACGGGCGAUAUCUACAUCCGAUGAUCAUCUGGCCCGCGGCCACCCACCGAGCGAACUGGGUGACUCAUCCUACACCUGGAUGGCAUUAUGCCUACUCCGACAGCGGAUAUAUAGACUCAUAUCUCAGCCUGCAGUGGCUCCGUCUGGUGUUUGAUCCGCAAACGAGAGACCGAGCGGGACAGCGACCGCGUGUGCUGAUUUGUGACGGCUUUGGCACCCAUGAAACCCUCGACAUCCUCGAGUUCGCUCUUCAGCAUCAGAUCAUACUUUGUCGCUUGUCCUCCCACUCGUCCCAUAAACUGCAACCGUGUGACAUCUCCAUUUUUGGUCCCCUCAAAGCGGCAUACCGUGAUCAGGUCGAACGGCUUGAGCGAGGCGGCGUAGGAACGAUCGGCAAAGAACACUUUGCCAAGUUGUAUUGUCAUGCGCCGAAGGCAGGUCUAUUCCCAUUCUGUCCCGAAAGAGUGCUUCGUGAUCUGCCGCGCAGUGCUGCGCCUCCUACCCUAGCAGGAUCGGUCAAUGGAGAUGCGGCGGCCCAGCCGGAUGCCAAUAUACGAACGUGGUCUAUACCAAGCGUUCCAUCCACUCCGAUGAUACCUGCGACACCCGUGACUCCAGUAGAUCUUGCAGGCAUUCUGACCUUGCACGACGUGAUUCGACGUGAUGUACAGGGCCUAGACAGCGGCUCCCAGCGCCGCUUGCAGAAGCAUGUCCAGAAAUUAUCAAAAGCUGUCGAAACUUCAUUCGCUGAGCACGUACUGCUCGAGCGGCGCAACAAGUUUCUGCAAAGGUCGAACAGCGAAGCUCGAGUACGACGCUCAACGAGAUCAAAAGUCAUCGGAACAGCGAGGGUGAUGAGCUGUGCGAAUCUGGAGAAAGCAAGAGAUGAGCGGGCACUUCGAGACGCGAGAUCAAUCGCGAAGCGCAGAUCGAGAACUCAGGCGGUAGAUAACAAUGCCACUGAUAAGCCCUUGAAUGUGGUUCAGACCCGUUCCGAUUCAUUAAGUGUACAAGGAAGAUACACAGGACCGCAUAUUGAAGGACAUGAGGUUUACCGACCACCAACUGCUAGAAUGUGGUGA